UUUAAGAGGUCGUCUUUGCCUUAGCAUUUUCGUCUGACCUGUUCCUCUUUGGGACUCAUGUGUGAGUAGAGUACACAAGUCUAUUGUGAGUUUCAGUAUUGAUCAAGUUUCUGUUUUUGUAUUGAUACGAUUUUUGUUUUGUUUUUAUAUGAUUUCGUUUUUGAUUUUUUGAAAUUAAUAGAAUUUCUUUGGGUGAUCUGUUUGUAUACGUUCGAGUAGCUGACCAUCUAGCAGAUGCAGAGUUAGUUUGGCCUUCGGUAUUGCAUCCUCUGGCUUGAGGAGAAUUACGACAGAUACGGAUCUAACAGGGUAAGCUUUAUCUUCACAGCUGCUACACACUGGCAGGCGUCUAUCUGUAGCGGAAGGAGGAUCGCACGGCGACAUGGCCUCGUUAAUUGUUUGACACUGUACAUCUCUGUUACAUAACCAGCGGCCAGGAUGGACAUGAGGAAGGUUGUUCUGUCCAGGGUCACGCUUGGGCUACUCUGUCUGUGUCAGGGUCUGGUGGUGAUGGGCAUCUGGCUCAGUGUCCACGAGAGGUCAUUUCAGACCAGUAGAAUCCAGGGAGAACUUCUACGACAGGGCGUUCGGCAUCCCCUGGUCUUUGAUUCCCAACAUUCCACAUUGUCAAGUGGUGGUGAAGGAUAUGGGACAAGUCCAGGAAAUACUUCCUUUAGAUGUCGGGGAAGGAGACACUUGUGGCAAGCGGAGGAUAUCUUCUGUUUGAGGAGACUCUCUUUCCUAAAAGAGUACAAGAACCCCUGUUUUCACCAAAGAACGAGGAAUGGCCGCAUGAACGUCCUCUGCUUACCCUACUUCCACUUGCUUGGAGUAGACAAGUGUGGCACCACGGAUCUCUUCGACCGGAUCUUGGCCCACCCGGAAGUAGCAGCUCACGAUGGCGUGAGCGGAAAGGAGAUGUUCUACUGGAGCAUGCAUAGAUAUGGUUGUGGUAUUAGAGCCUGGAACGUGGAUUCUAAAGAAACAGUGGAAAGUUAUAUCUACCGGAUGAAGAAAGCCAAAGAAGUUAUAAGAAAGACAACAACAAAUGGAUAUCACGAUCAUAUAUUUGGAGAUGGAACGCCUCUUGAUUUCUGGGAUUUUCGGGGCUGGACAAAUAUUCCCCAGAAUGAAGGUUUGGAAGAACCGGAAGUGCUAACCCCCCACUUGAUGCGUCACCUCUACAGGGACCCAAAGUUUAUUAUUUUGUUGAGGAACCCAACCGAAAGGUUAUAUUCUGAUUACAUCUUCAUGGGCGACGGUCUGACGCCAGACACAUUCCACAAGCACAGCACUGAAGCGCUGGAACUGCUCGAGACGUGCUUUAGGAACAGAACAGUCCGAUGGUGUCUGUUUGACCGGCAGUUAAACCUGGCGCUACCAACGCGGCUUCAUGUUGGGUGUUAUGCUGUUUUCUUGAAAGAAUGGCUGUCCGUUUUUCACAGACAAAGCUUUCUCAUCCUGCGUACGGAAGAUUACAAAAUGAACAUCAAAGAGCACUUAUACAAAGUGUUUAACUUCCUCAACGUCACCACACUCUCCGACGAUGCCAUUACGGAAAUAGCCGAGCAUGAGCGGAAGCACGUGACCGAGAGGAAAAAAAUAGCCGGACCAAUGAGAACGGAUACCAGAGUUCUACUGGAUCGGUUCUACUCUAAGUUCAACAAACAGCUGGCCGAGAUAUUGCGGGAAACUAAAUAUCUUUGGAAGGAGGAAGCAUGAAUUAAAACUGACAUGUGGAAGCUCGUGUCUACAAAAGGCAUUAUAACAGAUAUUAUAUACAAAAAGUAUAGGUCACAAUGCUAUUGGUUUUAUAUGCUAGUUGUAGGUAAAGGUGUUGACAGUUAAGUCGUAUUGCGAUAAACUGUGAGCAUAUUACGAGUCGUAUCGAUGCGCCUAGAAACGUUACGACGGAUCUGAGAAAGAGACGUUAUUCUAAUUUUGUAAUUUCAAUGUUUGAUCCAUUUUCGUUUCGUGUAUAUAAGUAAAUAAUGGCUUUGUUUGUUUGUUACUCACUGUGCGAGGAUACAUAUCUAUUAGAUAUCACACUCACUUCAUAUUCAUCCCGAGUGAAUAAAUUUUCAGUCUGAAAUUGUAUUAAAGUGAGUUCAAUCCUGUUUUAAUAUUAACCGCAUAUUAAUUUGAUGAGGAAACAGUUUCAGUACAGUAUAUAUGGCAACUGAGACAAAGGUCAAGGUUACACCUUUGAUGACCAAACCACAGCGGGAGAUUUCAGUUCCAGUUUUCUCCAGUACAGUAAACGACAUAAUGAUAUGUGGUCAAAUUGAAAUCCGUGGUUUAUCAGUAUAGUGAGGUCUUUUCAUAGUCGAAAUAAAGGCUUUAGCUCAUUUAGAAAGGUAAAUUGAUCGGAAUCCCUUAGUUGUAAAUUUCGCCCUAUGAGCUGGUACACUGUCUAAGUACAAGUACGUAGUAGAUCAGACAACUGUGCAAAUGUAGCAGACAGCGAGUUCCAGUUUGGCUUCUAACCUUCCAUUUAGAGGUCACGUCUGAUGAAAAACAGUUUUUCAAGUAUAAAAAACCUGUCUGUUCACAUUUGCACUAUCGGGAAUGUUUCACUAACUGUUUAGCGGAUGUUUCAUCGGAUACCUAGGCUCGUCUAUUCGUCUUAUUUAGCCAAGUUGAAAUCACGCUUAAAAUUUCUGACACUGCCGACCUUGCCGUCUGGAAGCUGAAAACAGCAAUGUAUCAAGGAUUAUGCGAUGUAAUUUACAUCGUAAAGGUAGCGUGGGUCUCACAUUCCGUGUUCAUUAAUAUUCAUUAAAAAUCGUGCACACGAGAUCGGCGGGUGCGGGAAUCAGCAGCGAACGCCAUACGAUAGUAUCAAAAACAGUCAUGUGUGAUUUGUGGUAAUUUAUAUUAGUUGCAGGAAAACACUCCCACUGUGUAGCCUCAUCCCAAAUUCGUCAAUCGUCCUGCACCCUUUGAACUGACACACGUUCACUCCCCGAAUAGCCUAUCGGUUGCAUAUGAAUAAUUAAAAUUAGAUAUUGUUUUCUUUCUGUUGAAGUGCUUCAUCAUUUGGUAAUAAAAUUGCAAAUUAAACUUACUUUAUUUUAUCAUCCUUUGCUUGGUUCCAUUCAAGGAUAAAUAAAACCUUGUCUAUGUGAUCGAAAUAUGAUCGAAUGACUGUAGCGAAUCUUGUCUGGUAAAGGUCAGGGUUCACAAUCAGCCAAUCAAAUUCCUUUUUUAAGGCUGAAGUGCCGGCUAUUUUGACACACCAGAACCUGAUUUGACCUGUCAAUUUCAGAUUUCAUGGAUUAGACGCCAGUGUGUAAAAGUGAUGUGACAGCUGUGGCCAAGAAACAGUCGUUUGCUUAAUUGUGCGUGUUCUGAACUGAAUGUCUUUGAUAAGUUGUUAUGAUCAGGUUCUUGUGCUGUAACUUCAGUGAUGUCGGGACGUUGUUCUCGUGGCCUUUCGAAGGGAGGACUGUUUUCUGAUGGAUAAUGGUUUGUAAACAUGUUGUCAUGAAUAAAGUUUUU